AUGUUUACAUUCUUGUAUUUGUUACAGCCUGUGAAGAAUAAGUCUCCUUCUUCUGCUGUUAAGAAAAAAGCUUCUCUUCAGUCACCUAAAUCUGAAGUAGUUAUUGGUGAUCCCAGUCAGAUGUGGUCUCCCCGAUGGAAUCAUACUCAAUAUUCUUCUACAAGGGUUGAUCACUGUAUGAAGCAGAAAGUUGUGGAUAAUUUGAAAAGGAAUUUGUCUGAGGAGCAACUUAAACUGUUUAAGGAGACUUCUUUUGGUUUUGUUUUGGAUUUGCCUGCUUUUAGUUUGCAUGGUCAAGUGAUACACUCUCUCCUGUCAAGACAGCUUAAUCAUCCGCAACGAGACGAACUUUGGAUUGGUGUUAACAAUUUAAGAAUUAGAUUCAGCAUAGAGGAAUUUGCUGUGCUAACUGGUCUGAAUUGUGUUGGGGAAAUUCAGAAGAUUGUUGAUGUUGAUAAGACUAAUUCUUUGGUCGAGAAGUAUUUUGUUGGCGUAUCCAAGUUGAACAGACAGUCCGUUACAGAGUGCUUUUUGUCUAAGCGAUGGGAGUCGGACGAAGAUGCUGUUAAAAUUGCUUUUUUAUAUGUGUUAGAAAUAUAUUUUAUGUCUGCUGUUGAUGUUACUUUGGUGGAGCGGCACCAUUUAGAUAUUAUUGAUUCCGGGGACUAUAACUCAUACCCGUGGGGUAAAGAAGUUUUUGCUGUCACUCUUAGGUCGUUUAAGAGCAAACAUAUUUGCCAAAAGCAAGAAUAUGGUUAUUACAGAGUGGUUGGCUUUCCUAUUGUCCUGCAAUAUCUGUUUUAUGAGUGCUUCCCGACUUCAGAUGGUGUUAUUUCUACGAAGCUUGGCAGCUAUAUUCCAAGAUGCUUGAACUGGAGUGUUGGCAAAUCUGUGAAUUUGAGUGUGUUGGACACUGAGUUUUUCAGUUUAGGGUCCAAGCUGGAGUAUACAAGGAUUAUACCUACCACUGAUGAAAGGAAUAGCUUAAUGUUGGAUGGCUUUUUUGGAAUACAGAAGAAGCAAGCUGCUUCUGAUAGAAGACAAAGUGUUGAUGCUGUAGCUGAUGAUUUAAUUGACACAAAUGCUGUAAAUCCUAGUCAAUCAACAGGAAAUCAACAUAAUCUUAACACUGUUUUUGAGAAGGUCUGUAACCUUGAGAAGCAAAUUAUGAGUAUGAAAUCUGAGCAGAAUCAUGUUAAGAAGCAAAUGGAAGAUUAUCAUGUUGAUUUGAAAAAGGACAUUUCAGAAGUUGGUGCUGCUCUUAACAGUUUUGUGAUAAAGAUGAACCAAUUUUUUGAGAAAUCAGCUGAUGUUGCGGUAUAUUUUUAAUUCAUUUUAUAUAUUGUUUUAAUUUAUUUUUAAUAUUG